GCCCCGAGUGGCGGUUGUUUCAAGAUGGCGGACUCGGCGGGCCCCUCCCGCUCGGGUGCCUCCGCGUUCUGGAGCCGCGAUCUUUCUGAUGAAGAGCAAUCAGUGAUAUAUGUUCCAGGAAUUUCUACCGAAGGAAAUAUCAGAUCAAGACACAUGUUGGUGAAUCCAAAAGCUGAUGUGAAAGUUAAGACUUCCAGGAUGACUGAUGCUUCAAUCUCCAUGGAGUCACUAAAAGGUGCAGGAGAUUCAGUAGAAGAACAGAAUUUCUGCAAAGGAGAGACAAAGAGUGCAUCACUGAAAGAUUUAUGUCUUGAAGACAAAAGACGUAUUGCAAACUUAAUUAAAGAACUGGCCAGAGUAAGUGAAGAAAAGGAAGUAACAGAAGAACGACUGAAAGCUGAGCAGGAAACAUUUGAGAAGAAGAUACGGCAGUUAGAAGAACAGAAUGAACUGAUCAUCAAAGAAAGGGAAGCUCUUCAGCUACAGUAUAGAGAAUGCCAAGAACUUCUAAGCCUCUAUCAGAAAUAUUUGUCAGAACAGCAGGAGAAGCUAACCAUGUCUCUCUCUCAACUUGGUGCUGCUAGAAUGCAAGAAGAACAGAGGUCCAAUAAGAAAAGCACUCUCCGGUCUUCAUCUAUGGAACUAGAUGGUUCCUACUUGAGUGUAGCCAAACCACAAGCCUACUAUCAAACCAAGCAAAGACCUAAGUCUGCAAACCAGGCCUCAGCUUCAGAAUCCCUGAUGGAGUUUAGGAAUAACUCUUUGAAACCGAUUCUUCAUCAUCCCAAAGAGAGUCUAGACAGGGUACCACCAGAGACCAGAACAUGUAAUUAUGAAUCCCCAGGGAGAAAAUCAGUGGAUACAGCCCUAACAGACAAAGCUGCCCCAGAAGAAUUGAGGACGCAGGAAUGUCCACACCUUAAGCGUACUGCAUUGAGUCAGUGUUGUAAUCGGAGACUUUGUGAAAAUGCAGACUGUGUUCAUGAGAGCCAUUUUACAAACAUGUCCCCUCAAUAUUCCAAGACACAUCAGGAAUCAUGCAGUUAUUGUGGGCUUUCCUGGACAUCUCUUAUGCAUGGCAGAGGGGCACAACAGCCCAGUGAGACUGAUGUCAAAAAGCAGCUCUCAGAAGAUAGAAGACACCAACUGAUGCUUCAGAAAAUGGAGCUGGAAGUUGAAAAGGAACGCCUUCAGCAGCUGCUGGCCCAGCAGGAGACAAAGCUGCUCCUAAAACAACAGCAGCUUCACCAGUCUCGACUCGAUUACAAUUGGUUAAGAACUCAAGCUAUAUUUAAGUCAAGAACACAGGUUGCUGACAAAGAGCUUACUAAACCCCGAGAGCUCAAUCUGGAUAUGACUGGGAAUGACUCUGGAUCAAGUUUAUUAAAGUCAAAGUGCAAUGGCUGGCUACUUGAAGCAUCACCAUCCGUUAAGAAGCACCCAAACUCUGCGAGCAAUGGCGAGAACAGGAGAGAGAAGACAGUUGGGUUUCAGUCACACAUGGAAGAUGAUGCUCUCUGGACAUGUCAAAAGAAAGAUGCAUCUAGACUCCAAAGAGGGACAACAGCAGGAGUUAGAAAAGAUGCAUCCACAUCUCCUAUGCCAACAGGAAGCCAAAAGGAGCUUGUAACCACAUCCUCAUCAUCAUUCCAACCCAACAGCUCUCGGUAUGAGACCUCUCUUCUGGACUUGGUUAAGUCUCUGAGCCCAAAAUCUGCUCCACCACCUCAGCUGCGCCCCUCCAGAGAAGCUGGGCUCUGGAGUCACAGUACUUCCCUCCUCAGCCCCCCCAAAUCCACCUGGAGGAAGAUGGGGGUGCACAGGACCCCGGAAGACCUGGAGGAGAGCCAGAUUUUGGAAGAUAUAUUUUUCAUUUGACACCAAAGCAUAUGCUCAAAAUUUCCAUAGGAAAUUUGCAGGUUUCCUUUUUUUGUUUUUUUCACAUACACUGAUCUAGGAUUUUAAAUUUUGAUUGCAAAGUAAUUGUAUCUCUCCUUUCACAGAGACCUAUCUCACUAGCAUCCUGUUAUGUAUUGAAUAUAGAAGUCAUUCAAAUACCCAAGGUGUUUUGGGUCAGACCAAUCAACAGAUAACACACUGACGGGGGGUGGGGCCAGGGGUUAGUAGCUUUCCUCUGCCAGCAACAUAGGAUGCCUCCUGCCUGGCAGGAACCAUUGCCUGUUCAGCCUCGUUUCAAGAGUACUUCUCAUCUAUCUGCUGGAAAACAUUGGCUCUUUUUCUACACAAGGAAACUCUUUCCACUAAAAGUUGCCUCUAAUGUAAAAGUAGCCCUUUGGUAACACAAGCGCUUUCAGAAAGACGAACUCUUUCACCUUGUCUAUCCUGUUCUCUCACCACUGUUUCUGUCUAAGUGCAAUCAUCUAACUCUGAAGUUGAAAUUGGUGUUCCUAGCAUCAGAAGCAAGACUGGGGCCAAUUAUGGGUCACUCUCAGAAGUCAUCAGCCUGGUGGUUGCCCAUCCCAUAGUCAAAGAGCUCAAUGGGGUAGCAGGAAGGACCCAGCCAAUCCCUGGAAAGAGGCAGCAUUAAAUCUUAUUAAAGAGUCAUUGCCCUGGGGAAAUCAAGUGGCAGGAUAAACCUGCAACACUUUUCCUACCGAUGUCCGGGAGACCAGUCCUUCAGCUUCCCAGGAUGAACAAGAGCAAGCCCCAGGGCUCUUGUUGACCCAAGUGUCUGGUUUAUUCACUUGCUGUCGCAUGCACUCUUAGGAACUUCCUACGACUGUUUCUGAGGAAGCCACCAUACGGAGAGCAGCAUCCCGCUGCUGCAGGCUUCCUGGAGCUACCUACCCUCUCACUCUGGGAAGGUGAAUGGUCAUGGACUGGCCAGGCCCUGCAUGUGCUGUGCUCAGGGCCUCUGUCCCAUGGUCCAAAGAACCAUCUCUUGUCAGGUUAUGCUCUGCUACCCUAAGCGGGGUCUCCCCACCUUUCCUACUGUGCCUCAUUUAACCCAGAGGAAGCUGUGAGAGAAGCACAGUUGAGACCUCUUUCUCCCUUCUGUCUUCCUGUUGAACAGAGCUCCUGAGAUGGGUCUGUCAGCUCACAGUGGGCUCCAGUAGCUCCCCAGCUUAAUCUAUGGGCAGUAAGAUGGGCCCAUAGAGCCAGUGGUAUCAAAGUACCAGUCACUGGUAGCAAGGGGAACAUGUGUCCCAGAUAUGUGUUACUGGAUGACGUAAUUUAAUCAGGAGGAUGUUCACUUUUCCUCUCUCCCUUUCACUACCCUUAGGCUUAAACUGGGAGCAAGACUCAGUCAGUCAAUGUUGGUGAUCAAGGCAGGCCAAGCCUGCAUGGCUUUCAUGAAUUCUUUAUUUAUCAAAAUUAGAUUAUUUCUAUCUAGAAAAGCCAUGUUGAACAGCCUCCUUGUCUGGAUAAAUACAUAUCUCAUCUCUUUGGCUGAGCCCUACCAAGCCUUCCUUCACAUGGCCUUUUUUGUUUUUUGGAAGCAAGAGGAAUGGAACCUACCAAUGUGGUAUUCUAAAUCUGGGGUAAACAUAAAGUCGGGACUAACUAGUGCGGUCACUGUCUUGAAAAGUUGAAAACUCAUUACAGGUUAUAACUGCCUUUUAAAGUUCAACCCUAUGAGAUUAACCUAAUCAGCCUCAUCCUAUUAAAAAAAAAAAAAACUUCAGAACAUAGUGCAUUCUUUGGUGUGGUAAAAAUGGAUAUAUGGCAUACUAAGAGCCCUCGGCCAUUUUUCAGUUAAAAUUAAAUUUGCAGAACUUUUUCUUGACACAUGUGUCACAACAGCUAAGUGCACCUGACUCCUUUCCCUCAGCCAUAAUCACAGUAUCCAUUCUAGACGCUUGUGUCCUUACUAAAAGUGGGACAGUCCACAAGGAUCAAGAAAGAGUCUUGGGGCUGGCACUGUGGUGUAGCAGGUAAAGCUGCCACCUGCAGUGCCGGCAUUCCAAAUAGGCACCGGUUCGAGUCCCAGCUGCUCCACUUCCGAUCCAGCUCUCUCCUAUGACCUGGGAAAGCAGUAGAAGGUGGCCCAAGUUCUUGGGACCCUGCACCCAAGUGGGAGACCCGGAAGAAGCUCCUGGCUUCGGAUCGGCACAGCUCUGGCCAUUGCUGCCAAUUAAGAAGUGAACCAGAGGAUGGAAGACCUCUCUCUCUCUCUCUCUCUCUCUCUCUCUCUCUCUGCCUCUCCUUCUCUCUCUGUAUAAC